AUGUACUUUUCUACUGACAAUUCGGAUGAAAAGACCAUCAAUCAAAUGAACCUCAAAAUGAAAAAAUUGUAUGAAGAGAUGCAGAGGCUUCAGGAGCAAGCCAGAGAGUACAAUACGUUGAAGCAGCAGCACACUGAAGCAAAGGAGGACCUUCAGAGAUCUCGAGAGCUAAUCACAUUGCUUCAUGAAAAGUACAGCAAUUUGAGACUUGAAUUAAGCAUGGCUAAGGCAGAUUUAGCAAAGAAGAACUAA